AUGGUUCCUUGCCAAAUCUCGAGCACUGUUGACAGUCGGGUGAAUGUAGAUGAGCUGAUCGACGCACAUAACCGAUUGAAUUGUACGUCGUUCAACGGACCGUAUUCUAUCACGAAUGAUUUGGAAGAUUUUUUCCGACGCCGAAAUACGAAGCCGGUGCAGGCGUGGACGUGGCUGUUCAUCAAACAUGAUUUGCCUGGAAGAGGGAGCGGAGCGUUGACGAAAUGUGACAUACCAAAGGGAGCUAUUGUCACCGACUACUAUGGAUACAUUUCAUCCGAGAGAGACCACGAGGAACGGUUACAACGAAUAACCGAUGAAAGUGUUGCUGAACAAGUUGUGAACUACCGAUUCUUUCUUCGUGGACGUGAAUGUGAGUUUCUUUCAGUCAGUCAGUGA